AUGGAAGCCUAUCAGUAUUCCAACCAAUUACCAGAACUUCCUGCAGAUCCAUUGUUACCCAAGUUCGUUAUCCCAGAAAUUUCGUUUGAAAUCAUGGAUACUCCGAUUUAUAAUGAAUUAAAAACUAAUCUUACACCAGAUCCAUUCUUAGGUGUUCCUGUUGAAUUCACAGAUCUUUCAGUAUACAAUAAAGUACCAACUGUUGAUGAUUAUACACAAGAAGAUAAUGAAUAUAUGCAUCAAGGCUCUACACAAUUAACAGGACGUAUGCAAACAGAAACCUUGCCACAUACAAGAACAACUAAGGUAGAAACUAGAUCAGAACAGACUCAGAAAGUCACUUCUUCUUACAGAAGAGGUGAAAUCAUCACAAGUGAUAAUUACGAUGAAGAAAUCCAAGAGAACUUGAAGAGAGCCUUCAAGGAUAAUAUUCCACCAGGCAGAGCUUAUCUUCUUAAAGAAGAACCUCCACUUUCCAAAUUACAAACACAGAGAACAGCCUACAAAUUUACAAACACAAACUUCUUAUUCGAGGCAGGCACAGACGCCAAAGAGAAGUUUAUCAAAGAAAUUCCAGAAAACGGCGGAGCUCCUAUUUCAGGUUUCGCUGUUACUGCAGCAGAAUAUCCUUACGCCUACAUUGUAUUUAAUGAUGACGACGGAACUGCUUCAUUUGGCUACUCUCCAGUCGAAUAUCAGCUUAAUAUGAUGGUUCCAAGAGAUCUCAAAUCAAAUGAACUUACUGCUAGACCUGUUAAAUUCGAAGAAUAA